GGACGCGGCGGCUAAGGCCGGUGAGAGAGCUGUGAGCUCCUGCAGUGCUGCGGAAGAAGCAGAAAUACCCAAAUUCGAAGCAGCCAGUACUGGAAAGAAAGGGCCAGGAGAAGAGGGCCUGUAUUGCCGAAAAAAAUUGUGAAAAUUAUCAAAAAUGAAUAAGGAUAAUUCCAGUUCCAGUGAUUCUGAUGAAGAAUCUAAAAAGUCAAAAUCUGACAAAUCAUCCAUCCCUUUUUUAGAAGCUCAAGCAGAGUUUAUUGCUGCCGUCAUACCUACAAUUAAUAUUCAGGAUGAAAGCACCAUUGACAUAACUACAUGUCCCGCAUUUAAAUGUCUAGAUGAGUUAUUUGCUGCUGGAAAAAUACCUGGGACCAGAGUGGCUGAGUUGAAAGCAAAGUAUACUUUGCUGCAUGAGCUUCUGAUAAGCAGCCAAGAGUCUGAGCUCCAACUGCUGCAGGAUGCCAAAAGAUUUACCACGGAGAUAGAACAACUACAGCAACGCCUGGAGAUCAUUCAGACAUUCCCAGUUGGAAAGGGCUCUGAGGUCUCCAAGAUGAGAGAACAACUUCUAAAGUACCAAAAUGAAUUUAAUGCAGCAAAAGAAAGAGAGUUCCAGACACAGUAUCGGCUGGAUAGCUUACAAGAAGAAAAAAUGAUGAUGCAAAGGGAAUUUGAGAAGAUACCUAAACCUGGAGAAAUGGAGAAGAAGUUGAAACAAUUGAAAGAAAGUAGUGAAGAGUUACGUAAAGAAGUAAUGCAAAAGAAACUAGAAAUUAAAAACUUAAAAGAAGAUCUGCAGUACAAGCAAAAACAGUCACUAAAGGACAAAAAAGAACUAGAUGAUUUAUUAGAAGAAGAAGAUAAUUUAAAGGAUGAAGUGGUCCGCAAUCAAAACAUCCCUUUGCAACUUGGAAAAGAAAUAGACAAAAUAAUCCGAAAACUACUAGAUACCGAGAAGAAAAGAGCAGUGUUGAUAGAUCAAGUAAAUGAGAUAAGUGAAAUUCUCAAGAAAUCAGAACACAAAGUUAAUAGUUUAUUGACAGAGAAGGAGGAGGUGUUAAAGGAAGUAGAAGGGAAGAGAGCCCUUCUUGAAAUCAAAGAAAGAGAAUUCAACCAACUGACAAAAUUAUUGGAAUUAACCAAAGAAAAUGAAGCCACUUUACUGGCUGAAAGAGGGAUAGCGGACCUCAACUUGCGUAACUGCCUCAUUGACAAGCAUAAUUUCCAUGAUGAGGUCACUCGUAAGCAGAGAGAGAAAGAUCGAGACAUCAGAAAUUUAAAAAAGAUGGAGUUGCUCUUGAAAGUGAGCAUGGAUUCACUGGCUCAAAUUCAAGCACUGCAUCAGCGACUCACAUUAGAGAUGGAUGGCAUACCUAAAGAAGAGUUGUUAAUAACGGAGAGGAGGAAAGACCUUCAAAAAGAAGUUGAAUUAGCUAAAAGGAAUUUGGCCCAGCAGAAAAUCGUAACAGAUGUGGAGGCCCGAUUGUUAGAACAAUACAUUGCAGAAGAAAGCAAGCUUUAUAAGGAGCAGGAAUUCUUCAGAACACAAUUAGGAAAUCUUACCCGUCUGCAACAAAUCAAAAUAGAGGAGAGAGAAAAGAAAGCCAAAGAUUACAUAAAAGCUCAGCAAAGAGUUACCAGCAUCACUAAAGAAAUCAAAUCGAAGGAUGUUGAACUCAGGAUAUAUAAGAAGAAAAAACGUGAACUUCUUCGAAGAUUAAAGGAGUUUUCCAAAGUAUAUGACACUGUCCGAAAUGAAAGGAACAAAUUUGUGAACUUACUUCACAAUACUCAACAGAGAGUCUUUGAAAUAAAAGAAAAGCUCAAAAUGGCAAUCAAUGAAAUGGAAAUUUUAAGAAACAGCUCAGCCAUUCAGGAUAGAAAAUUACAAAAUUCUCUACUGAAACGGUGCAACAAUCUUACAAUCAAAGAGAGCUUAGAAAACGAUGUGUGCAAAGUUAUAAAGAUACUUCAAGAAAGGAGAGAGAAAAGAGAAGAACAAUUAAACAAUAUUGACAGACUUGCCAAUGUGGUCACAUCCAUUGAGGAAGAGAUGGUACAGCUCCGGAAAAAAUAUGAGAAAGCUGUUCAGAGUCGAAAUGAGAGUGGUGUUAUACUGAUUGAACGGGAGGAAGAAGUAUGCAUUUUCUAUGAGAAAAUAAACAUUCAAGACAUGAUGAAGAGAAAUGGAGAUAUUGAGUUACUUAUAUUAGAAGAAAAACUCAGAUUUCUGAAGCUGAAAAUUGCUGAGAGGCAAAGAAAGAUUUAUGUGUACCGGAAAAUGUUGCCACUGAAGAAAACUUUGGACAUGGAAAUAGCAGUCCUGCAGAUUCAGUUCUCACAAUGUACAGACAAAAUAAACUUGUUGGAGAAAAAAUUUGUAGAUCCUACUGGAGAUAGAGCUCGCCUCCUGAAGGGAAAAGAUCUGACUCCAAAGGAAAUGAUCUCCAAGAUAGAUAAGCUGGAAUUCCAUCUGGCUGAGAAAGAGGAAAAGUUGCUGGAGAAGGAGUUCCUCUUUGAACAGGUCACCCGACUUACAGGCAGACUCCGCACUAGAACAGAGACCUGCAAGCAGGAUACGCUUCUCUUGGCCAAAAAGAUGAAUGAGUAUCAGAAGAAGAUAAAAGAUUGUACCCACAAAAUGAUGGCUCUUGUGGCCGAGCUGUCCAUGCAGCAAGCACUCUCUCUUGAACUACAAAAAGAAAUGAGGAACAAACAAGAGUUCCUAACAAAUUGCAAUGAAAGGAUAGAACAAGGGCUGCCACUCAGUAAAGAAAUUGAGGAAGACUGGCUGAAGGUGCUGCGAGAUGAAGAUAUGCAUCAUUUAGCCGUAGCAGAAAGGACAAUGCUUCAAAUGGAAGAGCAAAACAACUUGAUGCCUUCUGGAGUUUACACAACAGCCAUUCAGCGCCCAAAUGCCUACAUCCCAGAUGCAGAAGCCACAUUGCCUUUACCCCGUCCUUAUGGCAGAGCACCUCCCUUCAAGCCAACUGAGCCUGGUUCCAAUAUGAGACACAUAAAAAAGCCUACUAUAAAACCAAUUGAAAUUUGAAUAGGUAAACAAGAAAAGAGCCUAAAGUCAAAUUUUCCCAUACCUUCAAACAGGCUUGCAUUAAACUUACAGCUGGGAAACUAUGAGCAAAACAAAAUCAACAGGGCUUUCACAAUAUUCAACAAAUAGGAACAGGUACACACCAAUUCAUUCACUAAAGAAGGCUAUUACUCUCAAAAACCACAGAUGUACUUCAUUUACCAUUUGUAUAGAAUUUAGAAUUGUAACUAAGAUUUUGGCAAAGUAUUUUGAUCAUUUAGUUAUUUUCCAGUUUGUAUGUUGACCACUGUUCAGGUUAAGUUUCUCUCAAACCUGAUCCUAUAGCUAGUCAGAAUUUUCUAAGAAAAUCAAAUAAAUUCAAUCCAGUGUGGUAUAUUUUUUAAAAUUAAAAAAUAUAAAUUAAUUCAAUGGUACCAUACUUGUUCUUUGGGGAAAUGUGUAUCAGUAUAGUUAGUGAGGAGGAAAAACUAAACAUUUGUAUUUUAAACAAUGUAUAGGUGUAUUUCACUUGUAAAAUAGCUUAUUCAUAAGACUUGAUAGAUAAAUACUAUUUAGGUUAAUUUAAUCUUUUUAAAUUUACUAGGAAAGUAUGUAAAGGAAUAUUAUAAUAAAUCCCUUGGCAAAGUCAAGAAUCUUUUUACAGCCAAAAAAAAAAAACUCUUUGAAAUGUAUCUGUUUUGUAAAUCCAGAUUUGUCAUAUCUGAAAGAUUUUUUGUUUUCUUUUUAAAUAAAGUAUUUCUCUCCCUC